GGAUAUUGGACAUUUGUCAUUGCGGUAACUUUCUCAAACUUGCUACUGUAUGUGUGUGAGUGGGCGGUCACUUAGUUUGGCUAUGAAUAUUAAAUGUUUACACGUACUAUAUUGUAGUUAAAUAUUGCAUAUAGAGAAAUAAAUAUCUUCAUUAUUGCCUAUUUUUGCAAUGCUUAAUGGGUAAUACUAUUGCUCCAAGGCUGGAAAACGCUGAGAAAACUGGUGUUUUACAAGUUAGCAAUUUGAAGUUAAAAAAGAUUCCUGAACAUGUAAAGCACUUACAUAAUCUUCGUAGUUUAGAUGUAUCUAAGAAUAAAAUUGAAAUAAUCGAUGCUUGGAUCUCUGUGUUGAAAAAUCUCAAAGUUUUAAAUGUUGAAAGUAAUAAAUUAAAAUAUCUUCCUGAACAAAUCUAUUUACUGACAAAAUUAGAAUCAAUAAAUGCAAAUAAUAAUCUUUUAAUUCAUUUUAUCACACCUGGUGCUAUUGUCAAUUUGACUGAUCUUUCCUGCCUACGUACAGUUAGUCUAGCUAAUAAUUAUCUAACUCAAUUCCCUGUGGAACUUUGUCUUAAAUCAAUACCUAUCAAUGUAAUCGAUUUAUCAAAUAAUCAGAUAACUAUAAUACCUAAUGCUGUAUCAUCAUUACAGGCAAUUGAAAUCAAUUUAAAUCAUAAUCGUAUCUCAGUUAUAUCUAACAAUAUUGCACAAUGUGAACGAUUAAAAGUAUUACGCUUAGAGAAUAAUUGUCUACGAUUAGAGAAUAUUCCAUGUGAAUUAUUAAGAAAUUCACAAGUUUCAUUAUUAUGCAUUGAUGGAAAUCUUUUCGAUAUGAAAGAUUUUUAUAAUUUACCAGAUUAUUCAGAGUAUAUGGAGCGUUAUACAGCAAUGAAGAAGAAGGCAUGCUGAUGAGUUCACCAACUGAUUACUAAACUUAUCUUACAAAUUAUUAUCAUUAUUAUUACUAUUGAAAAGUGAUAUCUCUUGUUUGUUUACUAAACUCUUGUUUAGUAUUUAUUGUAUUGAACUGUUACCUUGUAAAGUACAUCGGUUAGUCUCAAUAUGUGUAUGUAUAGACUGGAAUCGACUUUAUUUAUGAAAUCUUUAUUCCUUGUCAUAUUUACCUUUUCUUAUCAAAGGUAUUCAACCUAUUCCUCUUCGCCUCUUAAUGAUUUUAUCGCUAAUAUUUUUCUUGGUUUAAUGAAGGCAGUUGGGCUACUAUUCUUCUGUUGUUAGUAUCUUUUAUUAUCCAUAUUCAUAUGUAAGUGGUGUAACAUAAUCCCGGCUUAUUCGGUGUUCUGUUCUCAACGACUACAAGCAUAUUAAUUCACUAGGCAGUAA